AUUUUCUUGUGGGGAAACAGUAAAAAUGUGGAGAUUGGUUUGAAUCGCAUGAUUGACAAAUUGCAGAACAGGAGUGUUGCAUGUUCUGUUCAGGAGAAGGUUGAAACAUGGGGGCGACAUGAUUGAGGGAGUUAGUCACCUUGAAUGACCCUUUUACCCUCGCGAUUUGCCGGAUGCUACUUUAUAAAGGGGGAACAUAACCUUUAUGUUGUCUGGUAAAAUCUCUUUGAAACCCAUCAGUACCUUUCAUUUCACCAAAAAAAACGCAGGAAUGAAGGGAUCAAAGCGACAGUUGGAACUCGUUCUCCUUCUGGGUUUCGCGUUUCUCUUCUGUUUUCUUGGGGUAGCACCAGGUUCUUGUGCAAGAGAUGAAGGCAGCAAGGCGAACAGAGGUACGGACAGGUGGUGCAUAGCGAAGCCAGCUUCGGACAACGAGAGGCUGUUGAAGAACAUUGACUAUAGCUGCGCCCAGAGAGGAGUUAGCUGCAGAGCCAUCCAGCCAGGCGGCACUUGUUACCAUCCGAACACUGCCGUUUCUCACGCUUCUUACGCUAUGAACCUCUUCUUCAAAUCGGCCGGGAAACACACUUGGGACUGCCACUUCAAUGGCACCGGCAUUGCCGUGACUCAAGACCCCUCGUUUGGAGUCUGCGUCUAUCCAUUGUGAUUGAGAGAAGACAGAGACAGGAGGCAGCUCUUAGGUAAUAACGUACACGACACUCAGAGUUGGAAAAAGUUUUACGAAUGAAUUCCCCAAGUUUUUGAAAUAACAACCAGUUUCAUUGGAAUAAAGAAAAGAGAGACUUAAGCCAGAAGCUCAUUACCAUUAUUAGUACAUUACGACAUUGUAUAUAUAAAAAAGAACCAAACCGGACCAAAAGAGAACGGAGAGAGUUUUAAAACAUCAGAAUAGGAAUGAGU